AUGAAAGUUGUGAUUUUCUUUGAAGUUAUCAUAUCGUUUGAAAUCAUUUGGAAUUUGAUUUUUAGAAUGGAAAAUGAUAAACUUGGAUUUAUAGUGAGUGCUGUAGUUCUACAUUAUAUUAAUUUUUUGAUCAAAUGCAUCUUAAUCAAUCUAGAAUCCCAGAAGUGGUAAUUUUGGGGUGCCUUAAUUGUAAGUGAGUCGAUUAGCAUGGGAUUAUUAAGUAUGCAGUGGUAGAACAAAAUAGAUCUGAUACAAGUAAAUAUUGAUGUAUAGAAGGUUUUAAUAGUUAUAUAAUGUGGAUGGGGAUUGAAUAUACAAUAGUACUUUAUUCCAGGAAUGUUCUUAGGGUUGUACUCUUUGAUACUUGAAUUUUUUAAAUAAGGAUCUUCUAUAUAUGAUCUAAUCAAAACUAUCAUUAUUAUGAUUCUUUGUGUGCUCCUUGCAUAUAAGAUGAGACCAGAAUAACAUAAAGAUAGGGAAGCUUCACCUAUUCCAAAGGUGGAACUUUAAAUGUCAAUAAAGUUUGAUAUAAAGAAUCACAUUCUUGAAUUAGUGUAAUAAAUAAAGAUAUUAUAUAACUAGUCCGUGGUUAACCGAAUAAAAAUUUAUUGUUUUUAAUGAAAAAAUGCUUGUUCUUUAUGAAUAGGCCCAAUUAUUAUAAUUUUUUGACAGUUCUGUUGAUGAGGAGGAGGAAAUGAGUGAUUCAUAGUUAGUGAAACAUUUAUUAGAUUGUAAAUGUGAUUCAUUAUCUUCUGGGUUACUCAAACUUUUAUAGGGGUAUACCUAUUGCUAUAAUAGAGUCCAUAACCAAAAAAAAGAGCAUUUUUGAAGCCUGAUUUGAAAUCAAUUUGUUAAACACUCUUAGAGAAUGGGAAUUCUAUAUAUAAUUAUUAUUCAGCUGGAGAAAUAGAAAGUAAACAGUUUAAAUUGUAGAACUUUAAAUUCAAUUUUAUAAUAUUAAGUGAUAUAAGUUAAUUUGAGAAUGUACUUAUCCUUCAUAUUGAAUAAUAAUUAGAACGUAAGAAUUAAUUUAGUAAAUCUUUACAUACUAUAAGUGUUCAUUAAAAUCAUUCAAGUGCUAAUAAUUCUAAAACUGUAGAUAAUAAUACAAUUUCUAGUUCAUUAUUAUAUAAUAUCUUUUAAUCUGUUUCACAUGAAUUUGGAACAUAUUUAAAUUGUAUUAUGACUGUUAGUUAAGAAGCCUUAAAUAGUUCAAAUAUAAAAAAAGAAAUUAAAGAAGUGUUUUUUGAUCCAAUUUAGAUUAAUUCAUAAUUGUUAAAUUAUAUUUUACGUAAUAUUCGAGAUUACAAUUCUAUCCUAUUACAAUAAUUUACAUUAAAAUUAUAAGAAUUUAGUCCAUAUUAAACUAUAAUGGAAAUCAUAAAUUUAAUGGAUAAAUAAUUAAAUUUUAGAUCUAAUAUUGUUAAAGUUGAUUGUCCUGUUGAUUUAAAAGUAUAUAAUGAUGCUGAAAGAUACAAAUAAAUUAUUUAUUAAUUACUUUCAAAUUCUGCUAGAUUUACUUCUGAAGGUUUAAUUACAAUUGAAGUUACAAUGAAUCAAGAUAAAUUAAGAACCAAAAUUACAGAUACUGGUAUUGGUAUGAGUAUAUCAGAAUCUUAAAAAUUAACUGAAAUGUUAAAAGAUAAUAAAAAAAUGUUGAGAGUAUCUUCAAAUUCAGUUGGUUGUGGAUUAGGUUUAAGUAUUUCAAAUGCUAUUGUAUAAAAGAUGCAUGGAAAAAAAGGUUUGGAAUUCAAAUCUACAUAAAGUAAAGGAACUGAAUUCUAAUUUUCUAUUAGAAAUUCUUAAUAAUUAUAUAAUGAAAGUGCAUAUUAAACUAGUUAAACAUAUUUAAAAAUUGUCAAUCAAAUUUAUUAUGUUGAAUAAUAACCUUCAGAAGCAUCAAUCAAAUAAAUGUUGGCUUCUAAAUAUGAAGCAAGUUUAAGGAGUUAAAGUAAUAGUGGAGGUAUUCAUAGAGGAUAAAAACACAUUAAAAGUUUCUCAAUUAGAAAACAUUCAGCAGAAACUUAAUAAUAGUUUUUACAUAGAAUCACAGAUAUUAAUUAAAUUAAAUAAGAUAUAGAUGCUGAAUAAAAUGAUGAUGAAGAGGAAGAAGAAAAUGAAAAUGAUCCCAGUUUAUAUAAAUAAUCUUUAAUAGUAAUACCAAGUUUAGAAACUAAUUUUAAAACUUAAAUUGUACAAUAUAAUAUUAGUUCAAAAUGUUGUAGUAGAGUUUUAAUUGUAGAUGAUGAAGUUUUCAAUAUUAUUUCAAUGUAAUUAAUACUAUCAAAAUUCUAAGUCAAAAGUGAUAAAGCUUGUAAUGGUAUUGAAGCUAUUCGAAAAUGUGAAGAAAAAAAACUUAAACCAUGCAAAAUCUGUUCUUGUGCUGGAUAUGCUGCUAUAUUUUUAGAUAUAAAUAUGCCUCUAAUGAAUGGAAUUGAUACUGUAAGAAUAAUUAAAAAAAAAAUUAAUGAAGGUUCCAUUCCAAGAGGACUUUGUAUAGCUAACACUGGAUAUUGUGAUUUUGAAACUAAAAAAUUCGCAAUUGCUUAAGGUAUGGAUUAUUACUUUACUAAACCCAUUGACGUCAAAGAAUUAGAAAAUUAUUUAAAAGCUAAAUUUCCACUUAACUAAUGA